CGAGAACCCGGAAGGGGCGGCUGGAGAGGAGCGAGUGGGGGAAACCCGCGCAGCUGAGGGAGGUGCAGCGCGCCGCGACGGUGGCAUGUGGAGCCUCCACCAUCUAAGUCCUGAGAUGCUGUGAAGUCUGGCCUGCCAUCAAUCCCCCAGAAUGGACCGCAGCAGCCUCCUGCCCUUCCAGUUAUGGUGUCCCCGGCCCUUUGGCACCUACUCACAGAACCAGCCACGCACACCUUCUGCAACCCUCAAGCCAUCAGCCUGCCCUGAGCCUGGCAGUGGGGCUGAGCCAGACCAUGGGCCUGUGCACUCAGAGAACACACCACCUGCCUUGGCCACUGAGGUCCCCACCUCCCAGCCUGCUCCACUCCUCUCGGCAGCAGCUGCUGGUGAUGAGGGUCGAGUCCUGCUGGACACAUGGUAUGUUAUCAAGCCGGGGAAUACAAAGGAGAAAGUGGCCUUCUUUGUGGCUCAUCAGUGUAGUGGGGGCAGCCGGGCCAGCUCCAUGAAAGUCAAGGGACACUGGGGUAGUGAUAGCUCCAAGGCCAAGCGGAGGAGGCGCUGUCUUGAGCCCACCAAGGCCCCUCCAGACCCAGGGGGCCGAGAGGGCCCUCUGGCUCCUGAAGAGGGCCCCACCUCAGUUGGUGAAGACUUACUCUCUGUGGCCGAGAUGGUGGCCUUGGUAGAACAGCGGGCUGCCCUGGCCCUGCAGAGCUAUCCACAUCCCACCACCCCAGCACCUGUGGUCUUUGUGUCUGCUGAGCAGGGUGGACCAGCCAAGGGGCUAGGGUCUGAAAGGCGGUCUGGUGGGGGGGACUGCAGCCGUGUAGCUGAGGCAGUGGCCCACUUCGAGGCCCAGCGGGACAACACCCCUACCAAGGGCCUCCGCAAGGAGGAACGGCCUGGGCCAGGCCCCGGUGAGGUACGCAUUGCCUUCCGCAUCUCCAAUGGCCGGGAGUCCCGGGCACCGGAGGGCAGCUUGCCCAAUGGGGCCGGAGGCCGGCCUGGUUGUGCAUAUCCUGGUAGCCCAGGCCCUGGGGCCCGAUCUAAGGACAAGAUUACCUGUGACUUGUAUCAGCUCAUCAGCCCCUCUCGGGAUGCCCUCCCCAGCAAUGUGGAGUUCCUGCUGGCUAGGGCGGAUGAAGCCAGCGAGGGUGAGAGCCCAGCCCCAUCCAGGCCUGAGGACACUCCCCCAGCACCCCCUCCACCCCCUGCCCGGGACUGUGGUGCAUCAGGCUUCCAUGUAGAUGUGGUGGUGACAGGUGUGGUAGACGAGUGUAUCUUCUUUGGUAAAGACGGCACCAAGAAUGUGAAGGAGGAGACGGUAUGUCUGACGGUCAGCCCAGAGGAGCCCCCCCCACCUGGCCAGCUCUUCUUCCUCCAGUCCCGUGGGCCAGACGGGCCCCCUGAGCCACCCCCAGCUGAUUCACCAGCCACUGCACCAGGUCCAGAUGAUGCUGAGGGGACAGCCGACACCUCCCUGUGCAGAUUGUACCGGCAUGUGUCACAUGAUUUCCUGGAGAUCCGCUUCAAGAUCCAGCGGCUGCUGGAGCCGAGACAGUACAUGCUGCUGCUGCCCGAGCACGUGCUGGUGAAGAUCUUCAGCUUCCUGCCCACGCGAGCCCUGGCAGCUCUCAAGUGCACCUGCCACCACUUCAAGGGCAUCAUUGAGGCGUUCGGCGUGCGGGCCACAGACUCACGCUGGAGCCGAGACCCGCUUUACCGUGAUGACCCUUGCAAGCAGUGCCGCAAGAGAUAUGAGAAGGGCGAUGUGUCGCUCUGCCGCUGGCACCCCAAGCCCUACCACCAUGACCUGCCUUAUGGACGUUCAUACUGGAUGUGCUGCCGCAGAGCGGACCGCGAGACACCUGGCUGCCGCCUGGGCCUGCACGAUAACAACUGGGUGCUGCCCUGCAAUGGGCCGGGUGGGGGUCGGGCAGGCCGGGAGGAGGGGAGGUGAACCCAGGGGAGGGGGUGGAGAGCCCACCAUGCCUGUCCCUACCCCCUCCCCUGGGAGCCAAGGGCCAGGACUGAGCUACCAGCCCAUACCCCAGUCUAGGCAGCAUUGAUGCCCAGUCAGAACUGAGCCAGGGUUCAGGGGGAUGCCCCAAGAAAGCACUCUGAGUGACCCCUUUUGGCUUCCUACUCUUCAGACCCAGGGCCGUGGACCCUCAAGUAGGGUAUUUUUUAUCAGCAUCUCAUUUUCUUUAGCCCCAACUCCCUCCCUGCCUCUCUCUACACCCCAGGGACCCACCAGCAGGGAGCAGACGGCAGCUAAUUUUGGUACCACUUAAGGAUUCCCCCAUUCUGCCCUCUUUACCACUCUUCCCCUUGUCCUUGGUUUCUGGAGCUGUUUUUUCCCAAGAAGCUACAGCACCCAAGGUUGGUACCUCUCCUAACCUACCACACCAGGCUCACCUUCUUUUAGGAAUUGAGAGCUAUAAAUCAAAGGCUAAAUGUGGCACUUUUUCAUGAUGGCCUACCAUUUACUGUUUUCCCCAUUAAAGAAGUAAAAAAUCAUUAACCUCAAGCUACCAGUCUGUUCUCUUCCUCUAGAGGAAGAGAUAAGAAAAUGUUGAAGAAUCCCUCUCCUCCCAUUAUUUAAGCUAUUGUCAUCACCCCCACUCCCACCCCCGCCCCCAGUAAAGCUGUGAAGCCCUUUGCCUCGCUCUUGACAGCGUGGGGGGCCAGUGGGCAGGGACUGUGGGUUUGAAUUUCUGGAUUGUUUUUUUUUCCACUCCGGGUACUUGUUAAGCAUUGGGGUCUCCUCACCCCUGGCCACAUGUCAACUGGGACCUUGAUUUUCAGGCAGUUUGGUCUGGGGUAUUUUCGUUUGUUCUUUUUGGAAUUCUUUUUUUUCAUCAUUGUGGAUCUGGAAGCUUCUAGCGUGUGGCAUCUGACCAAUUUUGAAUUGGUCCUUUCUAUAAAAUCAAUAUUUAUAAGGCUGGGCCCAGACUGGUUUGUGUGUUAAGGGAAGGGGGUUGGGGAGAGAAGCGAGUUGUGGGCCUAUGCAUAGUGGGAUGGAAGAAGUGGAAAGAGAAAGAAUGCAUAGCCAAGUCCCUUAGCCAGAGAUUAUUUUUGACUCUUCUCAUCUGUGUCGGUUUGGAUUUGAAAAAUCUCAAAAUAGUAGUAGUUUAAACAAGAUCAUUUUUAUUUCUUUAAAAAUCCAGUAUUGGGCAAGUAUGAUGGCCCUCAAGUCAUCAGGUGCCCAGGUUCCCUCUGACUUACUUUCUGUCAUUCAUUGGCUAUGGCCUUUAUCCUCAAGAUCCAAGGUGACUGCUAGAUCUCCUGAGAUCACCAUUUUGCUGGAAGGGAAGACUCCUUUCUCCCAGAAUUACUGCCCUCUGCUUAUAUAUACAUCUUGCUGGGCAGAACUCAGCCACUCAGAAUGGCUGCAAGGGAGUCUAGGAAAUGCAGUCUUUUAGCUGGUGCAUUAUGUCCAACAAAAAGCUCUUACUGUCCAGUCAAGGUGGCUCACACCUUUAAUCCUAGCACUCUGGGAGGUCGAGGCUGGUGGAUUGACUGAGCUCACAGGUUCAAGACCAACAUGAGUCACACCAAGACCUCAUCUCCAAAAAUAGGCAUUGUGGUAGGCACCGGUAGUCCCAGCUACUUGGGAGGCUGAGGCAAGAGAAUCACUUGAGCCCAAGAAUUUGAGGUUGCUGUGAGCUAUGAGGUUACAGCACUCUAUUGAGGGCAAAAAAGUGAGACUUUGUCUCAAAAAAAUAAAUAGGUGGCGCCUGUGGCUCAGUGAGUAGGGUGCCGGCCCCAUAUGCCGAGGGUGGCGGGUUAGAACCCAGCCCCGGCCAAACUGCAACAAAAAAAUAACCAGGCAUUGUGGCGGGCUCCUGUAGUCCCAGCUGCUCAGGAGGCUGAGGCAAGAGAAUUGCGUAAGCCCAAGAGUUAGAGGUUGCUGUGA